GCGUAAUUCGGGCCUUCCUCCUGGGAAGGAGCCGCUGUGAGGGAAAGAAAGAGGGGUGGGGGGGCCUGACGUUCUCUUCGCGGCCGGCCGACCCUCGUCCCUCGAUGGCGGAAGGAGGGAAGGGCGGAUACAGCGAACAUGAUGAUCGUGUGGGUGGAGGAGGCAGCAGCAACAGGGGCUUCCCUGGGCGGCGGAGGAAAGGCCGGGGCCCCUUCCGAGGGAAGAUGUACAGUGAGAUGAAUCACCAUCAGAAAAACUGGAGCAAUCCAGGCUCUGGUCCUCGUAGCCGUGUAGAGGAAGAGGAUGAAGAUGUUACCAUGAGUGACCCUCACGAUGCACUACGAUCUCGCUACACUCCUUAUGGGCAGCGGCCAAACAGACCAGACCGGGAGCGGGGCGGCCUGAGCAAUUUAAACCUCACAGUGCGAAAGAAUCUGGGAGCUCCAGAGCGAAAUUUUGCCAUCAGCAAUGCCACCAAGAAGAACUGGUUCAAAGUCACAGUUCCCUAUGGGAGGAAAUAUGAAAAGUCAUGGCUUCUUAAUGCCAUUCAGAAUCAAUGCACUGUUCCCUUCAUUCCUUUGGAGGUUCACUUUGCCAACAAUCGAGUUGUGUUUUACGUUGAGGACGCUGCUGCUGCCAAUGCCCUCAAGCACUUGUCCCGAAAAAUUGUUGACCCAGAUGGCUACAAGGUGGUCAUAAUGAUAAACGCAUGGAGUGCACCACCAACUGUCCAGCGUGAACUGAAGCCAGAAGAGAUUGAGCAGUUGAAGCUUUGUAUGAGUAGGAGGUACGAUGGUUCGCAACAGGCCCUGGACCUGAAGAGCCUUCGGACAGAUCCAGAUCUGGUGGCUCAAAACAUGGAUGUGGUGUUGCAUCGCCGAAACUGUAUGCAAACUAUGCUGCACAUCAUUGAGGAGAACAUCCCUGAGCUUCUCUCUCUCAACCUGAGCGACAACAAGCUCUACCGGCUGGAUGAUAUGGCCGAAAUUGCCGAGAAGGCUCCCAAUCUGAAAAUCCUCAAUUUGUCCUGCAACCAGUUGAAGACGGACCGUGAUCUGGACAAGUUGAAAACGUUAAAGCUUGAGGAACUGUGGCUGGACAACAAUCCGCUGUGUGAUAACUUCCGGGACCAGUCCACCUAUAUCAGCGCUGUCCGGGAACGGUUUCCGAAGCUGCUGAGGCUGGAUGGUCACGAACUGCCCCCUCCCAUUGCCUUUGAUGUAGAAGCACCUACUACGCUGCCCGACUGCAAGGGCAGCUAUUUUCCUUCGGACGACCUGAAGGUGCUGAUUCUCCGAUUUCUGCAGCAAUACUACGCUAUCUAUGACUCUGGGGACCGGCAAGGGUUAUUGGAUGCCUACCAUGAUGGGGCCUGCUGCUCCCUGAGCAUUCCCGUUUCGAUACAGAAUAAUCCAGGAAGGAGCCCUUUGGGUGAAUACUUCAAGAACAGUAGGAACGUGAAAAGACUUAAAGAUCCCGCCAUGCGUUUCAGGCUUCUGAAGCACACGCGGCUGAAUGUUGUGGCCUUCCUCAACGAGCUGCCCAAGACUCAACAUGACAUCAACUCCUUCGUGGUGGACGUCUGUGUGCAAACGAGCACACUACUGUGUUUCACGCUCAGCGGGGUCUUUAAGGAAGUGGAUGGCAAGAAUCGGGAGUCGAUGCGGGCAUUCACACGCGUGUUCAUUGCUGUGCCUGCCAGCAACAACGGGCUGUGCAUUGUUAAUGACCAGCUGUUUAUCCGCAAGGCCACCAAUGAGGAAAUCCGCAAGGCUUUCGUCAUGCCAGCACCCACCCCCUCUUCUAGUCCCGUGCCCACACUCUCCGCAGAGCAGCAGGAAAUGUUGCAGAAUUUCUCGCUGCAGUCUGGCAUGAACCUGGAGUGGUCUCAGAAGUGCCUCUCAGACAAUGAUUGGGACUAUGCUCAUGCCGCCCGCGUGUUCACCCAGCUCAAGGCUGAGGGGAAGAUCCCAGAAGUGGCUUUCCUCAACUGAGCACUGGCCUCUUGUCACCUUGACCAAAACUUAAGGAAACAGCAUUUUAUCCUUCAGAGAGACAUUUUUGUAAAUAAAUGAAAAGUUUACUGUGUAAAUUAAGAGACUUCCCUCCCUUUUGCAACUGUGAAGGCUGAGGCCAUUCUCCAUUAGGGUCGGAGAGACAGGCUGUGAUGAGCACUCAUGGUGGCAGCAUCUCUGGUACCCAUAGUGACAGAAGACAACAGGAAGAGUUGCUUUGUAGACUGGCUUCUUAGAGGGCCGAGCUGCCUCUUUGCGCACCAUUUGGACAGUGGAGAAGUCCCCAUCUGUGUUUCUUUUCCCUUUUUGAAUUUGGAUACCUGGUAUAUUUUUAGUGUACUCCUCUCCGCUCCUUUUUCUGCAGCCAUUGUCUCAGGAGUAAUGUUUUAUAUAUCUGCCCCUAGGGUAAGGAGCAGUCAACAGUUCGUGGCUUGAAGGUUUUAGAGCAUUCCCAGCCCUCUGAGGCUAGAAUCUUUUGUUUGUUGGGAAGAGGCAGGGCCCUCGUGCUGGCCUGCUGCUGCUUCCAUGGACCUCUGGGUUUUCUUUCCACGGAGUUAAGGAACCAGACGGAGCUCAGGCCCCCAAAGGCAAGUCCCUACAAAGCAGUGCUCCUAAAAUGGUGCUCACCACUUAAAAGAGAUAGGAAGCAAUGGGGUUGGCAUGUUCGGCAAGGUGUUGCUUCUGUGUUCCUCCUCUGCCUGUAGUUCUUUCAACCAAAUUGUGUUUAGUAAAAAUUAUUAUUAAAAACUGUGCAUUAUCUUCUAAUGUUCUAAACCAGGAACAGGAACCUGCCCACUUCCCCUGCGGCUGUAGAUUGUGGGCCCUACGGAGCUGUCAGUUCCAACCAGAAGCUCCAGUUGCUGUCAACUCUAGUACAAAUUAACAGGUCCAAUUCAAAUACCAGGGGUGUACUUAAGAAACCCUAGGCUUCUUGUUCGCUCACCUGUAUCACAUCAUUAGUCUCCUGCCAACAUUUGCAGUUCAUUUUGGGUAUUGCACGCAAGUAAAAGUAUCACUAGAGAAUCUUGCCUCUAUUUUCUUUUUAUUAAA